UGUCGGGCGCCCGUGGGGUGGGCAGCGGCCGCCGCUCCGCAGCGCAGGGACCGCCGCCGGCCAUCCCCAAGAUGCUGUUUUGGCACACGCAGCCGGAGCAUUACAACCAGCACUCGACCGGCAGCUACCUGCGAGAUGUCCUUGCGCUGCCGAUCUUCAAGCAGGAAGAGCCGCAGCUGUCUCCUGAGAACGAUGCCAAACUGCCACCCUUUCAGUACGUCCUCUGCACAGCCACCUCCCCCGCCGUGAAACUGCACGAAGAAACUCUGACCUACCUCAACCAAGGUCAGUCUUAUGAAAUCCGUCUACUUGAGAAUAGGAAAUUGGGAGAGUUUCAAGAUUUAAACACAAAAUAUGUAAAGAGUAUAAUUCGUGUAGUUUUCCACGACCGCCGCCUGCAGUACACAGAGCAUCAGCAGCUCGAGGGCUGGAGGUGGAGUCGGCCUGGGGACCGCAUCCUUGAUAUAGAUAUCCCGCUGUCAGUCGGUAUCUUGGAUCCCAGGGCUAGCCCAACCCAGUUGAACACUGUUGAAUUUCUCUGGGAUCCAUCAAAGAGGGCUUCAGCAUUCAUUCAGGUACAUUGCAUCAGCACAGAGUUUACUCCACGGAAACAUGGAGGAGAGAAAGGGGUGCCCUUCCGGGUGCAAAUCGACACCUUUAAGCAGAAUGAAAAUGGUGAAUACACAGAACACUUGCAUUCUGCAAGCUGCCAGAUCAAAGUGUUCAAGCCUAAAGGAGCAGACAGAAAACAGAAGACUGACAGGGAAAAAAUGGAAAAGAAGACCACCCAAGAGAAGGAGAAGUAUCAGCCUUCCUAUGAGACAACUAUUCUCACAGAGUGCUCUCCCUGGCCAGAUGUGCCUUAUCAAAUGAACAAUGCUCCAUCUCCAAGCUACAACAGUUCUCCCAACAGCUUCAACCUCGGAGAUGGCAACAGUUCUCCAACCCACCAAAUGGAGCUCCUGCCUCCCAGCAAUGAUCAUCUCCUUCCUUCUGCUUCUAUUCAAGAUGCCCAGCAGUGGCUUCAUCGUAAUAGGUUCUCUCCAUUCUGUAGACUCUUCUCAAGUUUUUCGGGUGCUGACUUACUGAAGAUGUCCAAAGAAGAUUUUGUUCAAAUCUGUGGGCCUGCUGAUGGAAUUCGGCUCUUUAAUGCAAUCAAAGGAAGAAAUGUGAGGCCCAAGAUGACAAUUUAUGUCUGUCAAGAACCUGAGCAAAACAGGUCCCAUCUCCACCAAAAACGAGAAAAUGGAGAUGGCAGUCUUUGUGUGUAUCAUGCAAUCUUCUUAGAAGAGCUGACCACGCUGGAGCUGCUGGAGAAGAUUGCAAACCUGUACAGCAUUUCUCCACAGCAGAUCAAUCGGAUCUACCGGCAGGGACCCACGGGGAUCCACGUGUUAGUCAGCAAUGAGAUGGUGCAAAACUUCCAAGACGAAUCCUGUUUUGUUAUCAGUACAUUGAAAGCUGAAAGCAAUGAUGGCUACCACAUCAUUUUAAAAUGACCGUGCUGCUCAGAGAGACUUUAAUGGCCUAAAACUUAGUGCCUCAUUGAGAUUGCUAC